ACAAAAUGGUUUUGAAUGGAUCUGCUCCACCAAGGGGAAGCGCAGCAGCUGCUGCAGGUCUUCGCAGGAGGAGGGCAACAAGUAGUGGCGGGGCAACAGGAGGAUCAGGCAAUUCAGUGCUCCAGUUUUACACCGAUGAUGCACCUGGACUGAAGAUUUCCCCAAAUGUCGUUCUUGUUAUGAGCAUUGGGUUCAUUGGAUUUGUUGCUGUCCUACACGUUGUUGGGAAGUUGUACUUGGUCCCAAGGUCCUAAACUUAGAGCCAGAUAGUUUAGUGAUUAACAUACAAAAGGCAUGUUACUUGAAUAAUAAACCUUGUAGAGGUCUCUGAUGAGUGUACUUCGACUUAGUUUUAAUAUAUGAAAAGUUUCUUACGGAUCUUAAAUGUGCUUUUGGUUUUAGUUAAUCAUAGUUGCCAAUACCUGUUUAUACAGUACAUUCAUGUUCAAGUA